AUGUCGCCACGUGUCGCCAGAAUGCUCGCUGUACUGAGCAUAGCAAUAGCCGCCACGUGUGCAGCUGGGCAAACGAUCGACCCUUCACAACUUCCCGCGUUGGCGGACCUGCAAGCGUCUUUCGGACUCAAUUACUCCUCGUGGGGGGAAGGCGGAGACUGCUACAAGGCGAGCUUUCUGCGGUGCGACAGCGACGGCAUGAUAACGGAAAUCAAUCUUGGAGCGAGCGGCCUUCUCGGAUCCCUGCCUGGGUCCAUCAGCGGACUAGUGAAUCUCACCAGCAUUGAUCUAAGCGCCAACGGGCUCACAGGGCCGAUUCCCUCCACUAUAGGCGCACUCGCUAAGUUGAAACGGAUCCAGCUGGACAGGAACACGUUCGAAGGCAACCUCCCUAUAUCCCUGGGCCGGCUCACCAACCUCACGUCCCUGGACCUAGCAGCCAAUCACUUCGCUGGUUCCAUACCCGCUGAACUGGGCAACCUCGUUAACCUGCAGUACCUCCAGCUGAACGACAACUAUCUAACCGGCAGCAUCCCGGCCUCCUUCUCCCAACUCGACCAGCUGCAAUGGCUGUGA